CACUUCGACGCUUGGCACACAGAGCCGCGGCGGAGAGCCCGAAUAAUGAACGUCAUUUGGAUCACGGCGACCCUCCUGUCCCGCGGUCUGCUGGCCGUCGCCGAAACGGAAAAAUGUCCAGACAUGCCCAUCCAUCGCAUCACCCCCGGGGCCAACGUGUCCGUGAGAUGUCCGAACACGACGGGGGCAGAGGUGAAGUUCGAGCUGUGGAAGGACAAGUGUAAGGUCGGCUCCGUCACGAGGAAGCAGAACCAGACCGAGACGGAGGGCGCGGUGGACUUCCGGGACCAGGACCAGAACACGACCGCGCGAUUCGUCCUCUCGCAGGUGGACCGGAACAGCACGGGAAUCUUCGCCUGUAACGCCGAGAGGCUCUACCCUCCCCCUUACUUGAAGUCUCCAGGAGUAGAAAACAUGGUCGUUGUUAACGAGCUGCCACAGGUCAGGGCGUGCCCGCUGGAAAAACCCACCGAGGCGUGGAUAUGGGCGGCACUGGGUGUGGCUGCAGCCUACAGUCUAAUCAUGACGGGCAUCGCUGUGGGAUUGUGGCACUACCUGAAGAACAAACAGAACAUCCAGCAUGACUAUAUGAACAUGAAGCCCAAAGCGGUGAGGAAAAAGCAGGGAGUGCAACAUCCUGUCAGGACAGGCAGGUACUGAGAGCAUUGUGGGAAACGAGGACUCCACACCAUGAGCAAAUUCACCAAUGAACUGUAUAAGAAUGGGAAUCCACAUACCGCACAAGAGCCAUGGAUAUCUACACUGCACAAUGAAUGUACAGGCAGUCUUUACUUCUGUGUUAACCUGACCAGUAAUGCUGGCCAUCGUACUUUUUUUUUUUUUUGAUAUCAUGUUCAGUCCAUCCUGAUUUAAAAGAAUUAAAAACAGCAUUAUAGGGAUCGUUAUCUUAGAUUCCAAUGAGGCAGGGUAUAGUGCCUUUUUGUUAUUUGUUUUGGAAUUUGUUGUAGAACUGAUCUACAAUUUGAAUAUAAGAAUUUUCAGAAUUUAUUAUGCAAAAAAUUAAAUGAGCGACUGAAAGCUAUUGCAAUUAAUUAGGUGAUCUCCCAACUGGCUUCAACUUCACACGGGAAAGAGAUAUUAUUAGAUUUUGUAUAAAUAGGGUUGGUUAAAUAGUUAAGCUCCCUAGAAAUCGUUGGAAUCUUUGAUCAUACUCUAGAUUCUGUUAAAACAGCUGGCAAAUUAAGCUAAACUCUACUACAAAGUUCUAUGGACUGUGGCUGGUUUGGUCACCACAGUAAACAAAAAAAAUGUGGAGACUAAAGAAAAAGUGAAAAAUGGGAAUGGGGAUAUGGGGAUACUGCAGGAGUUCCAGAUCAUAUGGCUUUUGAAGAGACAUGUAAGCCUUCACAUUGCUUUUUUGUAAUUACACAGGCUGUGUGAGGUUGAUUGCACUAAUUCACACCAUUUUAUUACGGAACAUUUGCCAAGAGAUGCUCGCCAAAGACGCUUGCACAUUAUUCAGUGCUCUCAGAAGCGACUGCAUGAACGUGCGCUUGGCGCUGCACAGAUGAAUUUGUUUUUCUGUUAACACCAAGCAGAUUUUAUGCAGUCAGUUCUGAGCGCACUGAAUAAUGUGCUAGAACUAUAAAUCGUCGAAACACAGGAAUUCAACGGCUCAGUGAAUUAAUUACUUGUAUUAGCAGAACAAAAUAUUUUGUUAGUAUUUGCGUGACUGGUUUAUUAACCAUUAGUUAAAUGAUUCUCUGUUGUUAGUAUUAAUAUUCAAAUGAUAUUGUUCUCUACUUAGCAGUAGCAGUGUGUGUGUGUGCGUGCAUGCAUGUGUGUGUGUAGGUGUGUGUGUGUGUGUGAGUGUAACAAAGUUUUUUUAUAUACAGUAAGUCCUUUCAUCUAAAAUGGAUCUCAAUAUCAAAUUUUACAAUGUGAAUAUUUUUCCUGAUAUCAGACUAUAAAUUGAUUAAAGAAUUUUAAAAUAUAUAUAUAUA